AUGGGCCCGGACUGCUACAAAGCGCAAUCUACUGUAUCGGACCUUCUAGACGUCUGUGAAUUCGCAUGCAUGGCACUGUGGUCACGGCACAAAGAGAAGUAUUUACAGUGCCACAGCCCUACGGAAUGCUUUAACCAGGACUUUGCAACAGCUUCAAAAGUUUCCGAUGCCUGGGAGCAGGGAUUUGAUUUGGCACUGGCCCAAGAAUUGUCUUCCAGUUGCUCCUUUGAAUUCGAGCAAUACGUGACCAGGAACGAUACCGCAACAGGCAGCCAGUGGAACACGAAGGCGGCAUGUGGUGAUGGUGCUGUCGAGCUCGUUCAAGUUCUCUUCAGUGACGAAUUCGUUUUGAAAGGGAAGCUAACUGAGACGCCAUCAUGCGCAAUUCAGGAUAUAACAGAUCUUAUGCGCGACUUUUGUGAAAACCAAACAUCCUCAACAUCGGCCGCAUGCGAUGUAUCAAUCGGUGCAUUUGAAGACGCCGAGGCUUCAUCCUUGUGUCCAGCAGCUCUCAAUCCCUCCAUGCUGGUCCGUUUCAAUUGCGACAUAGGUAAGAUCCACUCCGUCCUCUCCUUCUUCUGCUACGUAUAG